AUGGAGAUCCCAUACAAGACUCUGGUGAAGAAGAUGGCAAUUCGGGAACGAGACAUGGUCCUGGUCCUGAAUGUGCCCCUCUACCUUCUGCCGCCCGGUUCAUGGCAGAUUAAGUUUCAUCAAGAGGAAGACGAGUGUCUAGCGGAGAUAAGGGCGUUCCUGAAUGACGACCUGGAUAGGUUCUCAUCCACGCGCUUGAAGAAGAUCAGUAAGGUUGCAGAUCUGUUCGUUCUGGAUGACCGAGGGGUGAUGUACAGACUUCCACACUCGUUUUGUGGAAGACCACGAGACGCCGUGGAUAAUCUGAGGUUGGUAGUCCCAAGUUCACUCCGGGAAGAUAUGUUGCAUCACGCGCAUGAAGAUUUCCAGGGUGGACACCAAGGGAUCACUCGGACGCAUGAAAAGUUGCGUACCGAAUUCUACUGGCCCGGCGUGUAUGCAGACGUCCAACAUUUUGUGAAAGAAUCGGAAAAGGGGCGCCCCCGAAUGCUGGACCUUCGCCAGGAAACACCACGAUAUCCCUUCGAAGCCGUUUCUAUGGAUUUCGUGACCCAUAUGCCCGAGUCAGCCAGAGGAAACACGUUCCUCUUGUUGUUUCAGGACAUGUUUUCAGGAUACGUGAUGUGUAAGCCAAUGUCAUCCACUACCACUCAAGAAGUCGCUGAAGUCUAUGAAGAGCAGGUGUUCCAGAUAUUCGGGGCGUCUUCCAUGAUACGCCACGACCAAGACCCACGGUUCAUGAGCGAAGUGUUCACAAGGUUCCGAGAACUCUUAGCCGACAACGUGCUACACCAGGAUAUCGUCCGCAAGCGAAUGGGCAACAGGAAAGACCCUUGCAGACAGUCAUUCGGAGUGUUAGCAUAUGUCGCUGAGAUGGAUCAAUCCGACUGGGAUGACCAUGCUGAGCGACUGAUGUUUGCCCUGAAUGUCUCAUUCGACGCGGCUAGACUGGACACUCCUUUCUAUUUGGUCCAUGGUUGGGAUGCCCGAAGUACAGUCUCGGCAAUGCUAGGACCGAAGCCUUCGAGUGUUCCUGAGCGUAGCGCCUAUGAGUGGCGACGGAAACUACAGCGUGAGUAUAGUUACGCACUCGCGUGUGCUGAAGAUCUCCAGAAGAAGGCCAAAAAGAUGCGCUUGGACGAACAAACCCGAAAGUGGUUGGAACUCUCGGAGAGG